AAUUUUCCAAGGGAAAAUAUUCAUGAUUCCUUAAUAUAAUUUAGCAUAAACUUUUACAAUAAAGAAUCUCCGUAAGGAUGGACAUAUCCGAGUUCCGGACCCUUUGGCGUUUAGCUUUGUUUACGUUUUUGUGACAGUCAUCGAGCAUCGAUAUUCCAUAUAGCUUCAUUUAGCUACAUUUAGCAACAUCUUUGAACUAGAAUAAUGCAAAAAUGUUGUCGUCAAAGAAAUUGUAUCGUAAAGACAUAAUAAUACAGAAAAUUAGUCAAUUUUUUAUUGCAUAAUGAUGCAUUUGAACACAACCGAUGUCGAAUUGACCGCCAAAAUUAUCUAUCCAUGGUUUCUGUUAUUAAAAUUUAAUGAUCAAUGCUUUUAACGACUCUCGAGUCGGCAGAUGUUAAAUAUAAAUACUCCCAACACAACACAGCAAAAUUACGAAGGGACAAAUUGGAAUAUUGCUCGCUUCUGCUUCAAAUUUAUGCGGUCAGAAAGCGUUUAGUUGCUUAUACAAAUUUGAUAUACAAUUCAUCGGUGAAUUGUUUCUGUUUUUGCGGUAACUGGAAAGAAAGCUUUUUGUUUGCUAAUAUUUAUCAAACUGAGAUGGAUUGUAAAGGACAUAAUCAUAGUUAUAAUAUUGACAAAAUAAGAAAAGCACAUGAAGAACAGAACAAUAAGAAAAAUGAAAAUGUGGUAAAAUGUUCUGAUAAUGUUGAUGCAGGGCGUGGUUGUGUCAAUCACAAUAAAUUAAAUGAAUCAAAGACACUUAGUGAGCUAUCCAAAGGGCACAAAGUAAUGAUGUCUGUGCUGAGUGCGAGGUUAUUGAGGCUAACGGCUGCCCAGACUUUAUGGCACAAGGAUAUGAAUAGUUUUAUUGAGUAUAUUCUAAGGGUUGAGGACAAUGCUGUUGUGGUGGACAUACUUCCAAUAUUAACAAAAAGAGUGAGGAAUGAAGGUACUGAGCUAUCCACGCUAUCAAUGGGUGCAUGCCUGGAUCUUCUUCCAGUUCUUGCGGAUUUGUUGGAAUCAAAAUAUGAAGAUUACAUAGUUACGUCUAUAAACAUGAUACGCGAGGUCAUGAAACGCUGGUGGAAGGAACUGCAGAUGAUGGGAAAGAAAGAAAAACGAGAAUUUGAGAUCGAUCACCGAUGUAGCAGAAGUGUGAAUGGUGUAUAUACGCUUCUUAUAUCCAUGACUGAUCGCAUACGAGCGUUGGCCAAAAGAAGUGGAAGGAUAGGCGAGAAAGCAAAGGUACUGCAAGAACUCAUGGCAUUGCUAUGAAAGUGAGGUCAUCAAAUGCGGUGAUCAAGAUCCAUAGAAAACAUAAACAUUUCCGCUGACAAGUUACCUGCGGUCUUGUUAUAAUAGAGCCUAGCGGAAAUAGGCGCAAGGAACUAUUGGUAAUGUCAAGAGGUCUGGUAUAUAAAUAAUGAACAUCUCACCUGUUUAGGGUAGUGAUCUCUAUAUGAACUGGAACGAUAACUCGGGCGCCAUCUUUGAAGCCAUUAGAAGCCAACAUUGAACUGUAAACAAACGAGAACGAUAACUCAAGGGGGAAAAUUGAAGAAGAGUUUUGAGCUGAAAUACUUGAAGCCAAAUGUUGAGCCGUAUAUGAAAUUAAAGCUAUUAAAAGGUUUUAUAAUAUAAGUAUGAUAUAACGAGCAAUUUGAUUGGC